UGUUUUCUUUAUUCUGUAAUACUUGAAACAUGGCUAAUGAGACAGUAAGUUUGAUUGAAUUCUCAAGUGAUGCAUUACCGUCCAUUAACUAUACUCGGUACAAUUCGAAUGUAACGUAUUCCAUCGAGCCGAUCUAUUCGAAACUGGGUAUGGGCUUUAUACACGAUUUUACUCACACUUUGUUUGACAAGUACUAUACAUCCAAUGAGGAUUCACCAAAAGGUUAUGUAAUUGCCGUUGACAACUCAAGCUCAUAUGCUGUGGGCCCCAAAGUAUGGGCAAAUGUGUGGGAAUCUUUGAUUGCUCGAAAAACAGUAGUGCUCGUCUGGGUGAUGUUUCUUCUAACUGUCAUAAUAAUCGUACCGUUUAUUGCGGUAUGUUAUUUUUGUUUCUGUUGUUACCGUUGCCACGCCAUUUGCCCACCUUGUCAAAGUGCCUCGAAUACGACCAAGCGUAUUUUACUGAAUUUACUGCUAAUACCACUUAUACUGGGAGCUAUGUUUGGAUUGGUCGUGGCAUUCCUGAACGAUAAACUCAUCAAUAAUGCGAUGCGAGACAGCAGCGAGACAAUGAUGCGCAGCAACAGGGACACUUGUGCCAUGCUGCAGGACGUCUGCCUACAUGUCCGUCACUUGCUCGUCGAUAACUUUGAGGAAUUGGCGACGACGAUGAGUAGCCAGCUCUUUGCCGUUGCGGAGAUGGCCCAUAAGGAUCUGAGAACAGAGGCGGGCCUACAACUAUUAGAAGUAUUGGAGGAUAUCUUUGACAAUAUGCCCGAGGCAUUGGCGCUUCUGGAGCAGGUGAAGGAAAUGCAGGCCUAUUUAGUUUUCAUUGGCAGCCAAUACCGUGAUGCUUUGCGUGGGGCUAAGCGUGAUUUCGUAUAUGUUCUUACCGUGUGGUGCGAUUUCUUUGAGUGUAAUAACAUAAUUCGAAGCUAUAAACUUUUAUACAUGGAUACUUCACAAUGCCUUCAUUUCGAUAAGCUGCCGAAUACCAGCGCCUUUAUUGAGGAUGUCAAGAACAUUAUAUAUGAAGACUAUUAUAGACUACCGAAAUCCUGGUUAGAUCGCCUGUACAAUGAAGAACAGAAACUCAAACUCGCUCUCGACCCGAUGAUACCGCCCAUGAUACGUCGCAUCAGCAUGUUGGCCGAUUCCCUAGAGUCCGAAAGCCACAAGAUAUGCAAUAUAACUUAUAGGGCUAUGAGUAACAUAUAUAUACGAAACUUGCAUUCGACCAAAAGCUUUGAAGAGCUUUACGAGAACUAUGGCCGUAAUCGUUGGUAUGCCAGUUUCGGUUURUUUUUCAUCAUGCUAACGAUUGUGAUUAUAUUGAGCUAUACUCUUAUAACUGGGCUUUGCAUACGAAAAGAUAACUCAGCAUCGAGCUGUAUGUUACUCGCGAUUAUUUUAAUGUUUGCCGUCUUGUCAUUCAUACUGAUAAUAAGUCUGUUCUACUUCACGCUGGGAUUGGUCUUUUAUCCGGCGUGUAUUUUGUACGAUGACGAGGGGCGAAACACACUCCAUUCGCUGCUGGAAACUGUGCUACAGAAAUCGAAUGCAGUAAACAGUACAGAAUUCCCUCGACCGUCUGAAUUUGCCGCUGGAAUCAAAAAGUGCCGCGCCGAUCAGUUGAUCUUCGAGAUGCUGCGCGACAAUAAUUUGUACGACAUUAAGAGACUGAGAGAAAUCAAUAUCCAUUUAGAGGAAAGCACCUAUCUACAGUUUGGCAAGUUAGACAUUUAUUUUAAUGCGUUGGUGUUUAUGUUGCCGAAAGAGUUUCAUCACAUCUUUAAGCUACGUGCGAAGUACUUAUCAAAUUAUCAUAGUCGAACCUAUAUGGAUGUGUUGUGCCGAGAGAUAGACGAGUUGGAUAUACCCCAAUUUAUUAGCGAUUUGCGGGAUUGGGCAAGCAAUUUUUUCGCUGAAAGCUAUGGUAGCUAUCUAGAUGAGCGAAUGCAAGUGGCAUAUGUGAAUUUACUUAGAAUGGCGACAGACUUGUCGAAGUAUACGCUCAUGGGGAAAACAAUAUUGCAGACAAUAGAUCAGAUUGAAGAACAUGUUUACCGAAUCGAUGAUCUUAUAACGUUUGAGGACAACAAUUUUAACAAAUCCAUUAAAAUUCUAUUGGACAGACUGAUGAAGGCGCAGAAUUAUAUAGAAGGCGUUGGCAGCGGUUAUCUGAAUACCAUCGUUGAUAAUUAUACAAACUCUAUUCAUGGACAAAUUAACACCUACUUCGAUAUGGUCAUCAAUAUCAGUUUGAAUGAGAUUGGUCCCUGUGACCAUUUGGCACAAAGUCACAUCCAUAAUGUAAAUAAAAUCUGCGAUUAUUUGGUUAAUUCAAUUAACGGCUAUUGGUUGGGCUUAGUUAUAUUUGGUAUACUGCUAAUCCCCUUGCUGUGUGUUAGUCAUCGUUUGCUGUGCUUGUAUCGAAUUUACGGUCAUACUGGCGCGGCGAUUGUCUAUAGGGAAGAGGGCACUUGUCCAACCUGCACGGGUUUGCCAUAUGAUCCCCAGAAUAUGAAUGCGAAUGCAACUGAUGCCUUUGCCACCAGUAAACAUAAACACGAUUGAUUCUGCGCUCGAAAGUUGUUCAUCUGCAUUGUACAAAAAUAGCUCUACUUUCUUUAAAUUUUA